UCCAUCUUCAUCCAUCAUCAACUCUCCUCCUCCCCUUCUUCAUCAUCCUUCAUAAACAAACUCACUCGCCUCCUCUUCAAAAAAGGAGCAUCCAACUCUCAAUCUCAUCAUCAUCCAUCUCGCCUUCUUGUCCCGUUGAUAUAUCUGGUCUCUGGUAGACACACGACACCUCAAACAGACGACACAAGGCACGACUCGUCAUCAUGCGUUCCGCCGUUAUCGCCGUCUCCCUCGCUGCUCUGGUAUCAUCAGCCCCAACCAUCAGCACAGAGACCAUCCACGGCGAUGCUGCUCCUAUCCUCUCAUCAGUAAACGCCGAGGCUGUGCCCGACAACUAUAUCGUGGUCUUCAAGGACCACGUUGAUGCCAAUGCUGCUGUCAACCACCAGCUUUGGAUCAAGGAUGCACACGUUGCCGCCGAGGUUGACCGUGCUGAGCUGCGAAAGCGCUCCCAGCUCCCCAUCACCACCGAUAUCUUCGAGGGCAUCAAGCACACAUACAAUAUUGCCGGUGGAUUCUUGGGAUACUCCGGCCACUUCGAUGAGUCAGUCAUCGAGAAGGUCCGAAGGCACCCAGAUGUUGAGUACGUUGAGAAAGAUGCUAUUGUUCACACAUUGGGUGGAGACAGCCACGAGACAGAGAGCAACGCCCCAUGGGGUCUUGCCCGUAUCUCCCACAGGGACAGCCUGAGCUUCUCCAACUUCAACAAGUACUUCUAUUCCGCUGAGGGUGGCGAAGGCGUUGAUGUUUAUGUUAUUGAUACCGGAACUUUCAUCGACCAUGUCGACUUUGAGGGCCGUGCUUUCUGGGGAAAGACCAUCCCUCUCAACGACGAGGACGUCGAUGGCAAUGGACACGGCACUCACUGCUCGGGUACUAUUGCCGGUAAGAAGUACGGUGUCGCCAAGAAGGCCCACGUCUACGGUGUUAAGGUUCUCGGCUCUAACGGAUCGGGCUCCAUGUCCGAUGUCAUCAAGGGCGUCGAGUUCGCCGCUGAGAGCCACAUCAAGAACGUCAAGGAGGCCAAGGCUGGCAAGAGGAAGGGCUUCAAGGGUUCUACUGCCAACAUGUCUCUUGGUGGUGGCAAGCAUGCGGCUCUCGAUGCUGCUGUGAACGGUGCCGUCAGGGCGGGUAUCCACUUUGCUGUCGCUGCUGGUAACGAUAACGCCGACUCCUGCAACUACUCUCCCGCCGCUGCCAACCUUGCCGUCACUGUUGGUGCCUCCACGCUCACCGAUACCCGCGCGUACUUCUCCAACUACGGCAAGUGCAAUGACAUCUUUGCUCCUGGCCUCAACAUUCUGUCCACCUGGAUUGGCAGCAAGUAUGCCGUCAACACCAUCUCCGGUACCUCGAUGGCUUCCCCACAUAUUGCCGGCCUCUUGGCAUACUACCUUUCUCUCCAGCCGGCAACCGACUCUGCCUACGCUGUUGCAGAGAUCACACCCAAGCAGUUGAAGGAUAACCUCCUCAGCAUUGCGACCGUUGGAGCUCUCGGUGAGGUUCCAUCUUCCACCCAGAACCUUCUCGCCUGGAACGGUGGUGGUUCGUCCAACUACACCGAGAUCGUUGAGGGUGGCGGCUACAAGGCCAAGCCUCACUCGUCUGGCAACGCCAAGAUGCCAUCGACUAUCUCUGACAUGGAAGCCGCCAUUAAGGCAGAAUUCAACGUUGCCUCUGGCAAGGUCGUCAAGGGAUCAAAGAACCUUGCCUCUGAGAUCGAGAAGUUCUCGAACAAGAUCCACGACUUGGUCGAGGAGGAGCUCAAGGAGUUCUUUGAGGAGUCAUCGUAGAUUAGUAAUCUCGAAGGAGAUUAUGAAUCCGAGUACAUAGAUGUGAUAUGUCUAGGAUAGGCUGGUUUUAUCUCUCGCGUUUUAAGGUUUUUAGGUUGGAUGGGAGCUGGAUCGGUGGUAUUUGAGGUUUUGCAUUGUGCUUUUAUUUCCUUUGUGGCUCUCCAGAUUGUUGCAUCAUCAUUGGUUGCCAAGGGGGGGUUGUUUUACAUGGUCCACACGAUAGACAAUAUAUCAUUGUGUGACAUUUUGUUCA